CUUGCCUUCGUCAGUUGAGUCUUUGACACAUGAAGUCGUUCUCGAUCUUGGCGAUCCUUCUUGCGGCAGUCGCCGCCACCACCACCACCACUGCGGCGCCGUCCACAUCCACUGCAUGCACGGAAGCACAGUACCAGGUCGUGGACUCCGCGUCCAAGUCGAGCUGGUACCAUGGGUUGUGUGCGUUGAGCAUUGGAGUGUCCCGUGAAGCGCUGGACUCGCACCAAGUGCUUUCGGAGGAAGCGGAAGCCAAGUUUGCCGAGUCCACGACCUGCAAGUGGCUGUACGGCGACAUUCGAAAGGCCGCCGCGACCCAGCAAUGCUACGAACUCGACUUGAUCGCGCACCACAUCACGUGGCCGAUGGUCGUGGCGUUGAUGGACGUCGAAUCGUACCCCAAGGUGAACGACACCAAGUGCUCCAAGGUGCAGCUCACGUCUGCAUUUGCUGGCCUCGCGCUCCAACCCAACUUCUACAGCUGCAUCGGCACGUCGUCCAAGGACCUGUUCACGGUACCCGACCACGCCCGCGUCGACGCCUUCCGAGCCAACCCAAGCUGCGCCGACCUGUUCGUCCAACUCCAAGAGGUCGUCGAAACUCAGCCGCACUGCGCCAUUGAUAACAAAGGCACGGACAUCCACGUCCUCACCAAACUCAACUGGAACGUGACGCUGGACUGGCUCGCCAUCCUCGGCAACGCCACCACCGCGCCGGGCGUCCCCGGCGCGGUCAAGUUUGCCGCCUCAUCUGUGCACCCGUCGUCGCAGAAUGUGACGGGGUGGCUCACUGCAACUCUCGCGGGUGUCGGGGUCGCGGUACUGGCGGUGGUGGUGCUCAAGAAGCGUCGCGCGACCGCCGCGGCGGCCGCCAAGCGUAGCGAAGAGCGGAUUAAGCUGCUGCGCGUGUAGAUCUAUCUGCAUCAACCAUGAUAUGUAAUAACCAUCGAGAGUAAGAAGCAGUGGGUGGUGCACUAGUCUGGACACCGGGUUCCACAAACACGACAAAGCCGUUUCCAUACACUAUAUUAGUGUGGCUUACACUAAUAAGGCACCGUGGCAUCCUGCACACUAAUAAUGGUCGGAUCG